CACGAAAUUAGGAUGCAGUUCAACUGGAGCCUACGUGCGGCUGAAAGUUUGAACCACCCCUCGCCACUUUUCCUUUGAAGCUCGAUCCUGGGAUAUGAACCAUCGAUACAUUCAUCUCGCUCGAUAAUAUUAUUGCAAGUCGAUUUGGUUCGGGGCAGGAUGUCAGACAGCUCAAAUUACAGCGCUACAGACAUCAUCACCUUUAUAGGUGUCCCCCUAGCAGUACUAGGGGUGCUCCCCAUUCUGUACAACACAUUUGUCACAUUGCUGGCAUUGUCCAAGAUCAAGCGCAUACUGAGCUCGUCGCGGCUCACUGCACUCACCAGAAGCGAUGUUGUAAACCGUGUCAUCGAGAUUGAACUGCCCAGAUACGCAGUGACGCCCUGGGAUAGAUUUCGAGACCGCACAGAAUACUGGCGGCUGUCGCGCACCCCCAGCGCCAUCCCCGGCGGCUCCUGGACGACAUUCAACUGGCGGACCAACGUCAUAGGGCUCAAGGUGCAGCGACUCGAGUAUGCGGACCAGCUCAGGCAGCCGCAGGUCGAGGUCGCAUUCGACGAGCUCGUCUGCUACCUCCUCGACCUGGGCGCCGUGCCGGACCCCCACGGUUGGAAGCUGCUGCGGACGACGGGGCUGUGGACGCCGGUCGGGUGUGCCUUGAUGAAGAGCCCUGAUAGGAGGGAAAAGGCGCUUAGUAUCGCGCCGUUGGACGACUCUGAUGGCAUGCUGUCGCUGUCGGUGGCAUGGGAUGAGCGCUGGACCUCGAGGAAUCAUUCACAUCUGCCGCCUUAUUGGCUCGAGCUGCCGCCUUGGCCACGGACGCGAGAGAAGAAGCAUGCUGACGAUGCAGGGAGUGAUGGCAACUCCGAGGCUGAAAAGCCUUACUCCGAUACACCUCAACCCGGCCUGGAAAAGGACACUGCCUCCUCGCUGCACUGCCAAGACACCUCUGCACACGACCACCAACCAAUCACCUGUCAAAUCACUGGCGAGGGCCUCGUGUCCGCACUAACACAUACCACCACCAUCGAUACCGACGCCGAUGAUCCCCGCAGCCUCCCCAUCGAUCACCUCCGCACCUCGACCUCCCCAACCCACGGCAGCGCAGGCGAUUGGUUCGCCAGCGCCGCGACCGCCUUCGGCACCACCUCGCAGACCGUCCUGUGGAGCUACCGCACCCCGCCCGCAAUCCGGCGCUUCGCCCGCCGCGACACCAUCCCCUGCGGCGUGCUGGUGCUGCUGGGGCUGGUCGACGAUGCCGAGACCCCCGCCUGGGCCACCGCCUCCUUCUCGGCCGAGGAGCGCCAGCGCGCAGAGGACCUCGAUGCCAUGAUGCGCCGCGGGCGCGAGCAGCGCGCUGCGCUAGCCGCCGAGGCCGCCAUGCCGUCGGCGCAGCAGCGCGAGGCCGCGGUCAGGGAGAGGGUGCGGCGCGAGGGCGAGCAGCGGCUGUGGGAGCUGAGGGAGCGGCAGCGCGGGCAGGCGGAGAGGCAGGAGGCGAGGCUGGUCGAGGCGCUGGCCAGCCCGAGGUGGGGUGCUGAGAGGGUCGCGGGGUUGUGUCUGCGGUGGCUUGGCAGGGAGGACGCGGAGGAAGAGUACAAGAUCGGGUGGGUAGGGGAGGAUGCGGAGGAGGGGAAGGGAUGUUGCGUCAAGGGGGCGGUGGGGAGGCUGUUGUGGCGCAUGGUGAGGGAUCGUGGGCUGGCGGGCAGGGUGUGCGGCUUGUUGGACCUGUGGGUGGCGUGGGCGGACAACGGCGGCAUGCGCAAGUCGGAUUUUCGGGCGCUCGAGGAGGACAGGGUCACGUUUGCCCUGGCGGCGCUUGUCGUGGCGCUCAUUGCGGAUACAGAGGCCGCGGCUGAGGGGACCGUGUCGAUGGACCUGCAGGAGUGUAUUAGGAUGUGGACCAAGGUUAGGCUGGGUUGAUGCGUUGAUACGGUCGGUAGAGUCAUUAAAAUACGUUGCCAUCACAUUGCUCUUCAUCUUCGCAAGUCGAAUGAAAGGAGGUCAGCUUUUACAGCUCCGCAUCAAGAGGCUAU